AUUUAACCCUUCAGCACCUGGGGCUAAUCAUCUCCCUCUAUUCAAAUCAACACAACUCAUACAUUAAUUACACAGUAAAUGGUUAUUGAUAUCAAUAUUGUAAUACACAUUUUGUAAUAUCAAUUUCAGUGUUCAGCCAGCAGUUGUUUAAAAAAUAAAUCCUAACAUGGUUUAUCUCUCUCCAUGGUAUUGAUCCUUUGCACUGCAGGAUCAAUGCUUAAAUUAUUUCUCAACAGGUCACAACUAUUAUGAGCACGACUGAAACCUUUUAUUAAUUUUUAAGCUUAGUCAAUCAGUAUGAAAGUGAACAGAAAAACAAAAUCAAUCAAUCAACCUAAAUUCUACAUAAUGUAAUUUCUUACAGUGUGUCUCUCUUUUUGUAGUGGCCAUUUAGAGGCAGGUCAUAACAAAUAGGGGCUUGUCCACAGCCAGCAGAAGUUCCUGGGUUUAGAUACCAGCAGUGCCUUCAGACAUGUUCAGUUUGUGACUUGUGCCUCUGGUAGCAGCGUGAACACGGUGUUGAUAGGGUACUGAUCAGUGGAUUUGGUCCAGCGGUGUGCUGCAUGUCCAGUCAGGCUGCAGUGUUUUUGGGAUGUUCGCGGUCCGGCGUCGGUUGUUUGGUGCCCUCCACAUGGAUGGACAGGAGGAAGUGUUGUGUUCAGCUGUCAGUUCAUCCGUCCAGAGGGCUGAUAGAUGAAAAGUUCAACGUCCAGGUUCAGAAGUUUCUCCCUGGUUGUCAGCUAACUGUCCAUGCCCUCCACCGGUGUGAAGACAGGAAUAGUUGGGAAGCAUUCGGUCACUACAUGACAGAUGCCAGCGGGACUGUGAACGUUUCACAGGAUACCAGUGUGGGUGGGACAUAUUCUGGGGUUGAAGCGAUGGGUCUACUGUGGAGCCUCAGACCAGUUCCAGGCAGCAAACCAGGGCUGAGGUUGAGGAAGAAGAACGUCCAGACUCCCAUGGAGGUCACAAUUUCAGUGUACCAGGGUCACCAGACAGAGGGCUUUGUGGAUCAGGUGCCUCUGGCCAGUGUGUUGGUGGAGCGUUGGUACAUGGCACCCGGCGUCCGCAGAAUCCCAGUCACAGAGGAUGGACUCACUGCGACCCUCUUCCUGCCUGCAGGACCUGGACCUUUCCCUGGUGUCCUGGACCUGUGGGGGGCAGGAGGGCAGUUGGUGGAAUAUCGUGCAGCGCUGCUAGCCUCCCAUGGCUUCGCUUCUCUGGCCCUCGACUACCUUACAUGUAAAAUCACCAUGGAAACUGGAAAGAUGGUGGACAACCAGUACUUUGAGACAGCCUACAGAGUCCUGCAGCAGCAUCCUCAAGUCCUCAGCAGCAGGAUGGCCAUGUUGGGCUUUUCCUUUGGCACCAGUUUUACUUUCAAAAUGGCUGUUUACUCCCAGGUUAUAAAGCUCAGAUGUGCAGUGUGUAUUGGGGGGAGUCACGUGCAGCCAAUCGAUGCGUCUGUGAAAGAAAUGUUCACUUAUUUUAACAACAAUGCCUCAAAAAUUCGCGUCAAUGAGAAGAAUGAGGUGAUUUGGCGAGAUGUGUUCCAGCCUACCGCAGACCCCUCAAUCAAAGUGGAUAUGGGACGUCUUCAGUGUCCUCUGUUGCUGGUUGUGGGUGAAGACGAUCAGAACUGGCCUGCCUCUGAGGCUGCAAAGGAUAUGAAGGAGAUGAUGGAGCGAGCAGGGAACAGCCACCUGCUGACCAUCCUGUCGUACCCAAAAACAGGUCACCUGAUUGAACCACCGUACACACCACACGUCCGAGCCAGCAUCUUCAGAAUAUUCGACACACAUCAGAAGUUGAUGCUUCUGUGGGGCGGACAGACGGUGGAACAUUCUCGUGCUCAGGAGGACGCCUGGAAGAAGAUCUUGGUCUUUCUGAGGGAGAAUCUGUACGGCGCUGCAAACCCUAGUGCAACAUUAUCAUCCCACCUGUAACCAAGAUGACAGCUAAUGACUGCAGAGAUCCGAAGUGAAGUAAAAAUUAUAGUUUUUUCCUCAAAGACAAUGUCAGGUUAUGCACAGUGGGAACACUGCUAAAGCUAUCCAGGCUGUAGUUGCUGUUCAGGUGAUGGUUCUCUGUAGGAUCAUCAAUGUGAUCAUCCAAUCACAUCAAAGUUUCUUCACUCUGAAGAUCUAAAGAAGCAAAGCUGCAACCAUGCCUUGAUCUAUCUAAUAUUUUUUUUUAAUUUGUUUAUUUAUAUAGUGUCAAAAAAUAGUGAAAAAUGCCCAUUAAGGUUUUUUAGAGCACAGUAUCUUCUCAAAUGUCUCAUUUUAUCUCACCAUCAAUCCAAAGUCCCAAAUUAUUUAAUUUUCUGAGCUAUAAAGGAGAAAUGCUGAAAAUUCUCACAUUAGAGAAGCAGGAACCCCAGAAUGUCCAGCGUUUCUCUUUCUACAUGACUGAAUGAUCAAUUCUUAGAUAGUUGUCAAAUAAACUUCAUUCAGUUCAUA